CAAGGGGCGACAAUUAUGGAUGCGCAGUAGCUUCUGGACAUUUCCCGAUCAUGCAGGGUUUAAAAAAAAAAGUUCUUUGCCAAAAGCUUGGCUCCUAUCAUCUCUGAAAUUAGUAACCAGUCACACAGGCUCAAACGCAGUGGAAGAGACAUGUGACGAACUUUGAUAUACCCCUCGAGGUCCCACAGUAAUAUGGACAAGACACCUGUGCCAAAGUUUGUGCUGGAGGAACGGCUAGCCAUGUACUUCCAAGCUAUUGAUCAUGCUACAGCAGCCAGUGACAGCCAACGAACACAGCUUCUUGAAAAGGAUAUACAGAUGCUGAUGGACUUGAUGGAGCGGGCUAACUUAGGGAAGGUGGUAACAGUUGAUGAAGUACCACCACCUCUGCACAUUCAUCCUCAAACAGGACAUUCUGUUGCGAAUUUGCUGGAUGAACUGUCUUCACGGCUUGCUGAUUACCACAAAGCAUUGUACUUUGCCGAUAUUGAAAUUGUGGGAAACCCACUCACUUGUGAUGAGGCGCUUACUUCUCAGAAGAGUAAGGCUAGGACUCAGCAAAUUCAAAAUCUACAAAGAGGAAUUCAAGUCAUCCAGAAAUUGCAGGGCCAGGCUGCAGCAGGUUUUCCUGUUCAGCCUGAAGAGAUCCCUCCUCCUGUGUCAAUCCCCAGUGAUGAUGAAUUUGUUGUGAACCCUGUGGCUGUGAUCACUGAGCGACUUUCUGUGUACCAGCAAGCUCUUGUAGUGGCACGUGAAGAAGGAGAUAUGCAGAAAGUGGCAACUUUUCAAGCUAACAUUAUGAUGUUGGAUUUUCUGUUAAAACGUGCUGAAGCAAGGAUUCCAAUUUACAAGAAGGAUUUACCAGAAAAUAUUACUCUGAGCAAGAAGUUAAGGAAGGAGACAGAAAUGUACAAGUCCACAGUUGAGACCCUGACAAAGAUGAGUGGCUUAAGUGCCCGUGCUUCAAAGCUUGCUAUGACAUGGGGUAACACUGAAUUUGCUGAUAAGCUACAGAACAAUGCCAAGAUGCUGAUGCAGGCUCUUCAUGACUAUGAGCUGGGCAAGCCUCCAGAUCUGUCUGCAUGCCCAUAUUCUCUUGCUGACAUACAGCGUCUUGCAGAUGAUGCUGGGUUUCUUGCCACCCAGCACCUACAGGAUGCAGACGUGGUGAAGAUGAGGUUGAACCAAUACAAGCUUGCCGCUCUCAAGGCAAAGCAAGCAGGACAGAGAGAUCUGGCUAUUCAGCACAUGAAGGUUGUCAAGACCCUACAGCUGUUGCUUCAAACAUUGGAGAAAGGGGAGGUCAUUGACAUUUCGCAGUUACCACCUCCACCUAUGUGUCAGCCACUGACCACUGAGGAACUGAGCAAGACAGAGACACACACAUCUGCAGCACAGGAAUUCCAAGCUGAGUCUGUCAUUGAGGUUGAUGGGAAAAGUCUUGCUGAAGAGUUAUCCUCUCUCUUGGAUGAACCUGGAGAGAUAGAAGGCAGCAGCCCUUUGGUGGGGAAAUUAAACAUUCAGAACACGCCAUCACAUCAACCAGCAGUCAAUGGUAACAGUAAGCAGGAAUGUCUUGUCAAACCUUUGUCAUCAUCGUCUGGACAACUGAACAGUGUGCCUGAAUCAUUGCAAACUUCCCAAAUUACUCCUGACAUUCCGGUCCCAUGGUCAGUUCAUCAGCAGCAUGUUUCGAAUGGAGUUAACAGCCACCAUGGCAACACGCCUCACACAGGGCAGACCAACCACCAUAUACAAGACAGCGAAAAUAAUACUAGACGCGAUGUAGGACAGAUGACAGAAGAAAGCAAUGGCAGGACUGGUGUUUCUUGUAUUGAGAUAUUGAAAUAUGAAAGAUCGCUUCUUCAGCUUGAGGCAACUCCUGAAGCAGUUCUCAGGUCAGAAAACUUGGUCCAGCAGAUGGAGGAAGAGAAGCAGAGACUGAGGAUAGGAGGCUAUGAUGCCUGGCUUUCGUACCUUGGAAAAGUGGAGAAAGAUGUGCUGCAGAUUAACUGUGAACUAAAGACUCUUCGUGAAAGCAGACAGGAGGACAAAUUGGCAAUCGUCGUCAUAAAAAAAGAGCUAGCAGAACGGGAGUUGGCUGUGAUGAGGAAGCGCCUACCAGAACUGCGUUCCUAACACAGCACAAAUUUUCUAUUUCUUCCCAUUAUUUUCAGUGAUUUGCACAGAACUGUUUAUCUGAUUAAGAAGAGUAUGGCUUGUUUUAAUUGCUGCUAUAUUAAGUGCAGGAUUUUUCCUUAGAGUGCAACACAGUUGCCUUCACGUGACAUGGUAGGACCAAGAAAAUGUUGCUGGAAGAUUAUUGCAAGUUUUGGGCUGGCACCAAGAUGCAUAAGAUGUUGAUGCAAUAUCUUGUACAUAGCAGAGAACCAGUCUGAACUAGUUAUCAUACAAAUUAUUGUAUUGUAUUAUGAUACAUAUAUUACAAGGGAUAAUGUUUGAGAUGGUGUUUCUGUAUUCACAUAUUUUGCUUACCGUUGUUUAUGUUUUAAUGUACUGAAUGAAUCUAUUUCGACAGAAUUUACCUUCGAAGAAAAGAUUUAGGCAACUUUUCAUUUGGACAAUUCAGAGAGAUGAACAGAGAAUCAAAAAUGAAGAAAUUGCACAUGAAAAUUAACAGGGUUAAUUGCAGUGGUUGUGUUUGAUUUUCCUUAAAAUGUUUUCAAGCUUCCACAAACGAUUCAGAUAUUUUAGAAUAAUCAUAUCAUUCUCUGCAUGAACAUUACCUCAAUCAUUUGUCAUUCCAUCAACGGCAGUGGCUUCUUGGUCGCUAUGCACAAGAAUUGUGUGUUAUUUUUUGUUUCAUCACUGGUUCAGAUUAUCUUUGAGUCACAACUGUUGAACUGCUCCUGUUGAAUGUCCAGUGCCUUAAGGUCACCAUUUGAAAUGGUACAUAGUUGUAGGUGCAUGGACUUUACCUCAAUCAUUUGUCAUUCCAUCAUGGCAGUUGACUGAAUGGCCUGUUCGAAUGAGAAUGGUGUUCACUAUAAUUUUUUUUUUCUCUUUAUUUUGUUUUCCCCUCGGAUUGUCUUUUAGGGUCACAACUGUUGACAUGCUUCUGCUGAAUGUCCAGUGCCUUAAGAUCACCAGCAAAAGUAAAAUGCUGCGCAGUUGUCUUGUUGGUGGAUUGUGGAGCACAAAGAUCUUUCAACUCUUUUGCUAAAGUCACCUGCAAAUAGAAAAGAUUUUUCAGUGUCUUAUUGGCAGUAUAGUUGUUCUGAAAAGAAACAAUAGCUGCUUAUUUUCAGGAAUGGAACACUUCAGCUUUUGAAAUGUUUAUUGUUCAGCAGUGCCUUUUGUGACUGUCUUGAGCAAAACUAAAACUGACCCAUGCUAGUCAGCAUAUAUUAAUAUUUCCAAUACAUAUUGUCACAAGGGUUGUCCAGUAUUGUAGAUGUCAAAUGCUCAUCACUGGAAUGAGGAUGGCAAGGUCCUGGGUUUGUUUUUUGAUUUGACAAAUGUUCCCAUAGGUGACUGCAAAGGUUUUCUCUGGGCUCUUUUCCCCUGCCCCAUGUCUUCAAUAGUGCAAACUCACUUCGAGGGUGGAAGCACCUUCUAACAAAAUAAACGUUUGCAAGAGAAUUUGACAAGUAACAAGCUGAGAUUGCAGUGAUGGGCUGAAGCGAUGAAAAUGAAACCUUUUUACACAAUAUUAUUUAGGUGAAAUGGCUGUGUAAUUGAAAGGUUUUAUGUACAUGUGGUAGCGAAGAGGAAAUAUGCAUAGUUGUCUUGUCACUUCACUCAACAGACGUGACUGCAGCAUUGAGUCUUUGGCACAAUAUGUUGGUACGUGAUUGCAUGAAUCUUAAUACUUUUAUUAUGUAGGAAGAUGUCUUAGACAACGAUAAAGGUACAGUUUAUAUGCUCUCCCCACCGCUGCAUAUAGAUCCGUUUGUAGAAGAUGCAGUCUUGUUUUGAGCGCCUUUCAUUUUUCAAAGUUUCAAGAGUGUUUGAUAUACUUUCUGACAGUCCUACAGACUUCUUCAGGAAGGUAGGUAUUGAGCAAUUCGGCUAACAGUCAAGUGUCAGAGACCAAAGGGAUACCAUGAAAGUGUUGUAUGCCUGAGAUUGCAUGUAUUUGGAAAGGGAACUCGGUACAGUUAAAUACAGUAAUGCUUGUGAUAUAAAUUUGCAUGUAAAUGUGCAAAGCAUGCCCAAGUGCUUGUAUGUGUGCAUGUAGUAAGGUCUUUAAUGGUCUUGGAUGCAUCUAAAAAUAUGGUAAGAUGAUGUUCAUACAGCAGGCAUAUUGCUGCUUAAAGCUUGUAUACAGGGAUCGUUUUCAAAUGCUCAAGAAGACAUUAUUUAGAGCAAGUCAUUAAAAUUUUUGCUGUUUAGAAUUAAAAUAUAUGCAUUAUUAUAGUCCUGUAUUGUUGAAAAUAUUGUUGGAUUUUAAAAAAAUCAUUAAAGUACUUUUGUACAAA